AUGCACAAAGGCCGUCUAUCCUACCUACUGUCACAAUGCUCUGGUGCCUCUUCUGCUUCAACAAGUCUCCGUUCCCACCUGGUCAUUGCUCCAGCAGUAACCAAGCGUGGAAUGGCCACUCGCCCUCGCUCCGGACCGCGCGUCUUCCCUAGCUCUGGAUGGGACACCAUCGACCCGUCGAUCCCAGUGGAAGAAGAGUCCAUUGCCACCUAUACACCCGAAAAGUUUUAUCCAGCCCGUAUCGGCGAGGUAUUCAACCACCGGUAUCAAGUGGUUAGCAAGUUGGGCUAUGGAUCCAGUGCGACGGUGUGGCUAUGCCGGGAUUUAGUGGGCCACCGCUAUAUCGCCUUGAAGAUCUACAUCGCCUCAAAAACAGUGACCCAGGAGAUCGAAAUCUACAACCACCUCAACACCGUCCAGUCAGACCACGCGGGUCGCUCGUGUCUACGACCGUUACUUGAGGUCUUUCAGACCCAAAGCCCAGAUCGACAACGCGUCCACACUUGUCUGGUGCACCCGCCCCUUGGGAUAAGUCUGCAUCAGCUCACGUCGCUGCUACCUAGGGGCGUAAUGAGUAGUGCCAUCGUGAGAACGACCAUCCGGAAUGUCCUAGCAGCUCUGGACUUCCUCCAUACCGAAGCUGGAGUUAUACAUACCGAUCUCCAGCCGAAUAAUAUCCUCCUCGGCAUCAAGGACGAGUCCAUCCUCUCCAACAUCGAGCAAGCAGAAUUUGAGACGCCCAUGCCGCGGAAGACGUAUAAUGACCGCACAAUCUACCUCUCACGCCCGCUUCCCAUAUCGUAUGGGACGCCUGUUCUGUGUGAUCUCGGUGAGGCGCGCGUCGGCACGGACAAGCAACAGGGCGAUAUCAUGCCGGAUCUCUAUCGCGCGCCAGAGGUUAUCUUGAAAAUGAGCUGGGAUUACAAAGUCGACAUCUGGAAUGUCGGCAUGGUGAUAUGGAGUCUGUUCCAACGCCGCCACCUGUUCCACGCCCGGAAUGCCGAGCGCGAAUUGGAUGAUGGCGUUCAUCUUGCUGAGAUGCAGGCUGUUCUGGGGCCACCCCCUCUUGAGUUCCUGGCCCGCAGUGAAAGGAGCCUCCUCUUCUGGGAUGAAAAUGGCCACUGGAAAGGCGCACAGCUACCACAUCAUACCCUGGAAGAGCGGGAGGAAAGACUCGAUGGCGAUGAAAAGAGCGACUUCUUGCGUUUUCUCCGACGCAUGUUAUGCUGGCUACCGGAGCAACGAGCCACUGCAAAAGAACUUCUCUUUGAUCCGUGGCUGAUGCACGGUCUUUUCAAGUGA